AGUUCAAAGGCCACGGCUGUAACCCAAGGCACGUCUGCAUUUUUGGAUACAAAACCGUCUGUGUGACUACUGACUGUUCUGUUGGAAUUUAUAAUUUAAUAUGGCAAAAAAAUAUAUUGAGACAGAACGCAUACGAUUAAGCAGUGGAAGACAAAUUCCAGUUCUCGGUUUAGGAACUUGCGCUCCUCUGCAGAGUGAAGAGGAGAUUAUUGAAGCUGUGAAAUCUGCAUUACGCUCUGGAUAUCGUCAUAUUGACUGUGCUGCCAUUUACAGAAAUGAAAGAGCUGUUGGUCAUGCACUUAAAGAAGCUUUUGUCAUGGGAAUAGUGAAAAGAGAAGAUCUCUUUAUCACCAGCAAACUAUGGAAUACUUGUCACAAACCUGAACUAGUUCUUCCAAGUCUCAAAAAGACAUUAGAUGACCUAGGACUAGAGUAUUUAGACCUUUAUCUCAUGCACUGGCCAAUGGCUUAUAAAGAAGGUGGAGAAAUGAAUCCACUAGAUGAAAAUGGUAAAGCCAUAAGCUCUGAUGUUGAUUACAUAGAUACCUGGCAAGCCAUGGAAGAUUGUCGAGACAUGGGGAAAACACGAGACAUAGGUUUGAGUAGUUUUAAUAGCCAACAAAUUCAAAGAUUAUUAGAUUCAGCUAGAAUACCACCAGUAGCCAUACAGCUUGAAGUCAAUUGCUACAAUACCAAUAAGAAGCUGGUGGAAUUUGCCAAGUCUAAGGGUUUAGUUGUCGUAGCAUUUUCCCCCUUAGGAACACCCAGUAAAGGUGCAGAGUUCCAGCUUUUACAAGAACCUGUGAUACAAGAGAUAGCUGAUAGCCACAAAAAGACACCAGCUCAGGUUGCUAUAAGAUAUUUGAUCCAACAAGGUUUGGCUACAGUACCCAAGAGUGUAACCGCCAGACGCAUAGCAGAAAAUACAGAGGUGUUUGACUUUAAACUAACAGAUGAGGAAAUCUCUAAACUUGAAACACUGAAUAGAAACUACAAAGUGUAUAGUGAGAAAAUAGCUGUCAACCACAAAUAUUACCCUUUUAAUGCAGACUUCUGAUAGAUUGCCCACCACAAGUUGUUUUAGAUGCCUGUUACCUGCCACAGUUGCCAUUGUGAUUCUACAAGCUUUUUUUUUUAACAUGCACAUGUUUUUAGUGUGAGGAUGUUUGAAUCAGUGUGUUCUAUAUAGGUUAGGGUUGCUUUGAAAGUAUUUCAAUUAGCUCUUUCAAUAUGAUUUUAUGUUUUGAAUAGCUUUGAUUGACAUUGUGAACUGUUAACUAUGAAUGGUAUGCCAAAGAUUAUCAUUUUUGAUUUAUUGUAAAUACUUUUUGAUUCUGUACAUAUUCUUGCAAGUAUUACUUAUCAAAUCAUUUUUUUAAAUGUAUUUUCCUUGUAUUUUAUUAAUGAUACAUUUUGAUUUGGGUUUCUCUGUCACAUGUAAGGAAUGUUUUUUUUUUAUUGUUUAAACCAUUCUUAAUAUGUUGAUAAAAUAGGUCUAGACCACUCUCAAAUGUUGAUCUUUUCAGAUAGAAACUCCAUUCAUUUCUUACAAUUUUUUUUUUUUUGUUUAAACUCCAAAAGGUGAUGCCAUAAAUGAUUUGUUCACUGUUGAUAUUGAAAUUGAGGGCUACAACAGCUGUGCCUUACCUGGUUUUGUUCAUCAUCUGUUUUAGAAUGUUGGUUGUUUUUAGGUUUAUAGAGAGUCCAACCUUUUUUUUUAUUUUGAUGGGGGAUAGGUAGCUUAGAACUAGUUGCCAAGCCAAAGGUCUGUGGUUAAACUCCCAAUAUGAAUAUUGUAAUGGAACUAUAGGUUGUUCUGUCAGACAUUGAUGUUUGUCCUCUCACAAAUAAUGUAGGUCACUUGUAGGAACCAGUUUCUGCUCAAUAAGCACCUCUCUUAAAGGUGACUGUUUUAUUUUUCAACUUAAGCAGAAUUUCUUUGUAUAAUAGCACAUCAUAGCACAUGUCUUGUGCUUGUAUUGUUGUUGCUACUUAAUAUGCUUUGAUUUCAUUGUGAAAAAAACAAAUAACUGAAAGUCUUGGGUGAAUGUUAACAUAAGACAUUUAGACAUUGAAUUGAAAGUCUAAGGUGAAUGAUUAGGUCAUUUACUUUAAACAGACAUUGAAAUUAAAAUUUAAAAAAUUUCUUACUAGUGACAUAGACUGUUACUAUGUAAGUUUAUUGUGAAAUGUAUCUUAUAUUAUUUCCAAUGUUAAUGAGAUUGAUAAAAAGACUUGUUAUAAAAUGGUUCUUUAAACAGAGUGAAACAUUUGCUUUUAAAUGUUAGAAUGAUUUUAAAAUUGAAAAAAAAAUAAAAAAAUUGUAGGACUUUUUUUUUUCAUUAUGUUCAAAUUUCUACACAUAGAAUUCACUAAUCAUCCUUUUUUUUUAAAUGUUAAUAUUUUUGUAAAGCCCUAACCAGAGUUGAAUGUCCAUCAUUAAACUGUAUUUUGAGUGAACUAGAGCUGGUCUGGUGUUAAAGACCUUUCUAAUAAAUUGUCUGUCAAAGUGAAGCUAAACAACUAGUUAAAGAAAGAUUUUAAAAAAAUGGGUUUGUCUAAUUUGAAAACUCCACAACUUAAGUGAUUUGUGCACACAUUUGAAGCUAAAUCCGUCAGUUUCAGUUUAAGACCAAUACAUUGACUGUUUUUAGGAACUAAUGGGCCAAUCGUUUAACACUUGGCGGCCUAGUCAAGGCCACAAAAAAAAAUUUGAUUGAUACAUUUGUUAGUUGUAAAUUAGUUGAAGGUUGUAAAGCAUCAAGUAAACUUGACCACUUUACACCUUGACUGGAUACAAUGCAAGUAUUAGUUCAGCUCAAAAUAAAAACCUAAAUGCUUCAUUUGGUCCUGACUUCUAGAAAACUACUAAAACUCAAAUGGUACCCAGAAAAUAUAAAAAUAUCAUUCUGAGUCGAACAUAUUUUCUAAAGAAAUCUUUAAUUUUUAAAAUAUAUUUGGAAUCCAGUAUUGGAUUGAAUUUGGUUAGUUCUGUCACAUUGAGAGUUCGAGUCUCAAGAUUUUAAAAAAAUGUUGUUUUUUUUUUCACAUAAGGUGGAAGUCUACUGGUAACUUUCUUUUUUACUGAAUUGAUGUCAACACAAAUUGUUAGUUUGUACUGGUGAAAGCUGAAACUAAAGCUCAUUUAUAUGAGAGUAAACAAGGGUUGCAAUGUGUCUUAUACAACAAAUGCUACAUUUGUGUGAUGUUUACAUAUAAUUUUUAAAUCAGAACUUUAGUUCAUAAUGGACAGUUUUAUUCUAAUUUUUUACCAAUACUCUUGUAAAGAAACAUUUUUUUUAAUCAUUGUCAUCACUCUGUGUUAUUUAGCGAUCAGAUCAUGCCAUCAGCAUUAAUUUAUAUGUAUGUCUCCAUAGUUUGAGAACCAUCAUCCUUUUCUAUCCACUGUUGACAUUGUCUUGUUCUUCACAGUUGUUUUGGUCUAUAUUGGUCAGUGACAGAUAAUGGCUAACAAUAUAGGGAGGAGAAGAUUCACUCUAUAUUGGUCAGUGACGGAUAAUGGCUUACAUUGUAAUAUAAAUACCUAUAUGCACAUCAUGUCUAAAUGUACUGUAUCCUCUGGCUCUUGAGAUCAUGCUUCAAUACAUAUAUGCACUUUGCCAGUGGGUCACAAUGUCCACUCCUUCAUCUUACCCCCAAAAGGAAGGAAGCUUCAUCAAUUGUGACUGACUGGUUUAUAGCAGCUUCAACAUAUACAUUCUAUUUGGACUAUUAGACUUGUUGUAAUGUGAUUGCUUUUUAUAAUUAACCCAGAGCUAUUGACUUGUUAAUGCAAACAAUAAGUGUUUAUUUUAUUAUAUAUAUAUAACUAUAUCAGUAUAUAAACUGCCCAGCGUCAUUUGCAUUGAAUCUUCUGAGACAAAAAUAAACAGAUGUGUUCCAGAUGAAACCAAACUUCCAUUUCUUUUGCUGGUUAGAGAAAACCAAUGAUUCAUAAACAACAGCUAAUGUACUAGAGAAAAUGUGUUUGUCUUUGCCUGUUUCUCUGUUAAAGCCUUCUAUCUUAUAGGAUUGCCUUGUACCCUAGAACUAAAACUUUUUUUGAUUGGGAUAGCUGAAGUAUUGUUUUUAAUUAAUGAUUUUUUCCCCCAAUGUUAUAUUUAGCUUUACUGUUGGCCAGAUUUCUUGGAUAAAGUCUUACAGUUGUAAAUAUACGUUUGAUUUCUACAUGCAUUUAUUUCUUCUGAUUAAAAAUGUCAUCUCUUAGAA